AUGGAGCGCAGCUUCGAUGACAACUACUGCACAAUCCAGCUGAGGGACUGUAAUUGCGGCGAAAAGGAGCAGAUUACCUAUGAGCGGCCAAACUACGAUCAACAAUCAUACAGCCCUCCAGCACCCCCAAAAGAUACCUAUGCCAUCCCUAGCGAAGAUCUUUAUGCCACCCAAGAACCGACAUAUCCGACACCUCCUCCCACCUAUGACAUUAAGCCUUAUAAAAAGGCCUACAGUCGACCGGACAGGAGGAAGGGGUACAAGAUCAGGACAACCAGAAGCCCCUAUCAGUACACAACUCCUUACUACCGUCGACCGAAGACAAGCCGCCAGCCAGCCAUCGAGCCUUACAGACCUCCAGGUUACUCUGCUGCCAUUCAGCGGCCAAUCAAUGAAGCCAACGAUGAGCCAGAGUACUUUGACAAACCUUUACGGCGCAAAGUACCGCUGGCGCCUGGCCACGAUUUGAAUGUAGCCAGUAUGGUACAGUUUACGAUCAGCCGCCCUAGGCCUGAUUGUGUGGAAUUGAUUAUUCAAAGGCCACGCAAUACAAAUGAGGACGCCAGUUUUAACAACCAAUUAUUCCGCUACUUUUCCACCCUAGUCAAUAUUACGAAUUAUUCCCCGGAACAAGUGAUGAUUUACAGGGAUGCUGAUCAUGUACAAUGCAACAUUGGCGAUGUGAGCGGAAAGCACAGAACUCGACGGCCCCCGAAAAUGGUUGAAUUCACGACAACGACAGAUUACCCGGAGACGACCCGUGAAUAUACCCCCGAAAUGACAAGGGAAUGGUUCCCCGAAACGACCACUUCCGAAUACUUUAGACCAUAUACGCUCCAACGCUCCGCCCUACCCCGCUCGAAGGGAUACGAUUAUGAAGGGAAGGUGGCACUGGAUCACGAAUAUACCAUCGAGUUCGAGUGUGCCGUCCCGUUCCAGGUUUACAGGCCGAGCCGUUGGGAGAUUACGAUUACAUUGGGAGCUGAUGGCGACUCCACACCGAAGUCUUUUAAAAAUGCUCGAUUUGGACGUUACAAUAUUGACUGUAUUAACUAUUCUGACAAAGAUGUCGACAUUUCACAAAUGGGAACGCGGGCAACGUGCAUGAGGCGAAGGUUAUUCAAUCUCGAGGACGGACGCUCGUUUGAAAUUUUGGGCACUGGAGAAUGGGAGGUGGAAGAUCAGGGGCAAAUAUUUAUUAUUACUAUCGGUCAUGCCCCGGUGAAUGGUCGUCCACUGACGAAAUCCCAUUCCGAGUUCACGUUUGGCAGCUACACAAUAAUGAUCGACAACUACACCCCGCGAUACUUUUCGCUUGAACAGGUAAACAGCCGACUACAAGCGCUCAUCGGGCUCAACCAGCGCCGAAAA